AUGUCGACAAACUCUUCUGAAAGAACCGUUACUACCACCACCGCCCCAACGCAACACUCCGGGACCUCCCUAAAUGCUGCGCACCAUUUUGUUUCGAUUAAGCUAAACAAUCAGAACUUUUUAUUCUGGCGCACCCAGAUUGUUCCAUUCUUGCGUGGGCAGGGCCACUUAGGCUUCAUCGACGGCAGCUCCUCAUGUCCUCCGGCGACAGUUCCCGCGGCGGUGCAACCUGGCGACUCCGGCACCACCGUAGCAGGGUCGACCGUAGAUAACCCAGCGCACACCGCUUGGGUCCAACAGGAUCAAUCGAUCCUGUCUCUCCUGAUCUCAUCGCUCUCAGAUGAGGUUAUGCCUCUGGCGGUUGGUCGGGAGACUUCCAGAGAUGUUUGGCUCGCAAUCAACGAAUUGCUAGCAUCUUCCACGAGGGCUCGGUGCCUCAAUUUUUUGGGGAAAUUCCAGACACUCCGGCAAGGCAGUAUGACGGCCUCGGAGUAUCUCGGCAAAGCCAAAUUGCUAGUCAAAGCUCUCUCCCUCGCCGGUCACCAUCUCACCCUCGAUGAACAGGUUCUCUACGUGCUGCGUGGACUCCGGCCGGAGUUUCGGGCGUUAGCCAGUGCACUCACCAUGACUGGAAAGUCGGUGACCCUAUCCCAGCUCGGUGAUCUUUUGCAGGCGCAGGACUUCAUUCAAGGCGCUGAUCUCUCUGCGAUGGAUGCUGGAAAUAGCUCCUCUCCGGUGGCCCUGUAUGCUGGUCGCGGUGGUCAGACCAGUGGGCACGGCGGACGGCAGUCCGGGAAUCAGCGCGGUCGAGGGCGUGGCGGUGGACGGCAGAAUGGCGGAGGUCGUGGCCGUGGCAAUCCUAGGUGUCAGAUUUGCCGGAGUCACGGUCAUACGGCCGUCUACUGCUACAAACGAUACACGGAACCUGCACCACAUGCCAAUGUCACCGUCGCAGGAGGCUCGCCGGCGGACGCCACUCAACCGGACGCCUGGUUCCCUGACACUGGAGCGUCCACCCACGCUUCGCCGGAUGAGCAGCAGGUUGGGCAGUCCGAGCUCUACACCGGCGGAGAUGUGCUGAAAGUGGGCAAUGGCGCAGGAUUGCACUACACGGGAAACGCUUCUUAA